GUGCAUUAUUCAUAUAGUAUGCCUGGUUCAUUUGCUCAUACAGUUUUGAAGCAUACAUUAUUCCGGCAAAAUGGAAUAAUUUCUCUAGCAUGACGUCUCUCACUGUUUCCUUAUACACUAACAACUAAAGGGGCGGCCCAGCACGGAAUGUCUCUGGCACUCCGGUUUAUUUCUAAAUGCAGACCACAGUGCCCAAAUAAUGGUAUACAUGGCCAGCUCUUAAGCAGAAUUAUUUUCCAGGUAAUUUCUGGAAGUGUGGGUACAUCCAAUGAUUAACUCAUUUCUAUAAUUUCACGGAACUGAUAGUUGUGUGGUGGGCUUGGGCCUUGUGUAGUUAUUUUGGCCAAUAUGCGCGAAUAUCCACAACAUGACUCAAGCUUUCCGUACCUAAUAUGUCUGAGCGUCUAAAAUGCAUGAUUAACGCAAGAAGCUUGCAUUAUCAGUGUGUUCAAACAGGUGUGCGACACAUAUAUGUCUCAUGUCCGGAAUUUUCACAAUACGAAGAAAUAGUUGUACAUUCUUCCAUUAUAUCAGGCAUGAUUUGCUCGUUCUGUGAGUUUUGACGUGAUUUAAGGGUACUUCUUCCGAGCCUGUCAUACUACGUAUGCAUGUUAUAGAAUCUUCUGCCCCAAGAGUUGUUCCGGGUUUUGUAUUUUAUUACGCACAAUAUUUGGGACUCCACGGCUAAUUAUUGUUUUUU